AUGAGUGCUGGUAAAAGGAAAUUCACUCAGCAUAUUAUUCCAAACCCCCAGCCAUUUAAGUCAAGGGAACAUAAUUCAUUAGAGGAGAAUGGCUUGCCGGAUCAGUGGUGUUCAUCAACCGUUAUGCCGAUUGAUUAUGAGGAGUACAUCACGAAAAAUAAAACCCUUAUAGUCAACGAUCUGUAUCGUGAAACCAUACUGUUUCCUCAGGAUGACCUGAAA